AUGUUUAAUAUUUCAGAGCAACAGGAUCAAAUUAAAGUAUUGGAAUUUAACCCAUCAUUUAUUAUUAUUGGUCAUUGUUUUGGAGAUUGUUCGGGUAUGAUUGGUAAUGGAAUGUUACAUUUACUAUAA